CGAGCCGGGCGUCCGGCUGGGCUGCCGCCGGCGCGCCGUGCAUGCGGAGCCCCCAAUCGUAGGGCGACGCAACGCAACGCCGCCGAUACUCCGGAUGCUUUGACAGAGGAGGAGCCUCUUCUCUACCUUUCCCUGGCGGUCGACGACCUUCGUGGCUGCUGGAGCGCCGAAUACCGGAUGGGCCGAGUCGCGGCGCGGGGGUCCCCGGGCGCUCCACUGCACGCCACCCCCGACGGCAAGGUCGGCCACCACAGGAGCAGGCGGCGGUGACUCUGCACGAACACCACGUCUCCGGGAAGUUUCCCGAUCGUUGACUACACACGAUGAAAACAAGACUAGUGCACCUCCUGCUCUCCUGGUCAUUACUCUUGGGGACUGCCACCUGCACAAACUCAACCGAUGAUGGCGCCAGCCUCCGAACUCCAAGACAAAACGGCGGCAGUAGCAGCAGGCAGCACCCAGCACGUAUCGUUUGCUACUACAGUGCCUGGGCACUGUACCGACCGGAACCUAUGAACUACGACAUCGAGGACAUACCCUUGGACAAGUGCACGCACCUCAUCUACGCAUUCGUCGGCCUUAGCAACCAGACGUGGGAGCUUUUCAGCAUUGACCCGGAGUAUGACUUCAACAAAGGCGGAUACCGGCGGUUCACAGCGCUGCGCAAAAAGAACCCGCAACUGAAGACUCUUCUGGCGGUUGGUGGCUGGGCCGAAGGAGGCAAGAAGUAUUCGGAGAUGGUCAGCACCACCGGUCGGCGGCACACGUUCAUCAAUAGCGCGCUCAAGUGGGUGCAGACGUACGGUUUCGACGGCUUUGACCUUGACUGGGAAUACCCGGGCGCCUAUGACCGUGGCGGGGCAUACUCGGACAAGGCCAACUUCCUCCUGUUAGUCAAGGAACUAAGGUCUGUUUUCGACCAAUACAAGUUGCUACUGACAGCUGCUGUGCCGGUUGCAAAGUUCCGUCUGCAAGAAGGCUACGAAGUGGCAGAGCUUGGGGAGCUUCUGGAUUGGAUAAAUGUAAUGACUUACGAUCUACGUGGAAACUGGGCCGGAUUUACGGAUGUCCAUAGCCCUCUAUUCAGAAGGUCGUUCGAUGAGUGGGCUUAUGAAAAACUGAAUGUGCACGAUGGACUCCAGCUGUGGAUGAGCCUGGGAGCUCCGCGGGAGAAACUGGUUGUUGGCGUCCCUUUCUAUGGCAGGACUUAUACUCUGAGCGACAAGUCGAAUACGGGACUCAGGGCUUACAUCAACAAAGAGAAGAAUGGCGGAAUCCCCGGACCAUACACGAACGCUACUGGCUUUCUUGCCUACUACGAGAUCUGUCCACACGUAAACUCUGGAACAUGGACGAAGAAGUUUGAUGACGUUGGCAAGUGCCCAUACGCCUAUUACGACAACCAGUGGAUCGGCUACGAAGAUCCUGAGAGUAUUUCCAUAAAGAUGGACUACAUCAUGGGUCAAGGCUACGGCGGCGCCAUGAUCUGGGCCGUCGACAUGGACGACUUCCAGGGAGUGUGCGGCCGCAAGAACGCGUUGAUCAACGUCAUCUACGAGAAGCUGGCCGACUACGACGUGCCGCAGCCGGAGCCCACAGAAGCGCCAGUGCGCUCGACAUUCGACGACGGCCAGUGGAAAGGGACCACGACUCCGCUGCCCAGCACGGAGACGACCACGCCUAAGGUGGUCGUGCCGAAGAGCUACCCGCGAGACUGCGACAGUCCCACCAUCUCAUUCAUCCCGCACGAAAACGACUGCACCAAGUACUACUGGUGCGUGUACGGCACGCCCAUGGUGAUGUUCUGCGAGGGAGGCACCGUGUGGAACCAGGACAAUGGCAACUGCGACUGGGCCGAGAGAGUGGAUAGGCCCGAGUGCAAGCACAUCACCAGAAAACCCAAGCGGCCGCACAGGGAGAGUGAAAAAGAGAGCCUAGUAAGGGGGUCGCCGCUCUUGACAAGACGAUACCCGCAAACCCGUGCCCCACAGCCCAACACGAGAAGCGCGGAUUCGGUGUCACUCCGGGCCUGCAGGAGCAUGGGGAACGACAUGUGGCUCACUGUGCCGUUGCUGAUAUGCUUGCCAGCUGUUCUGCAGUUAGUGACUGCAGUGAGCAAAGGCAGCGAUGCGAUCCAAGGUAUCACGAUCCCGCGAAACAAGUUCGAGGUGCCCGUGGUUUGCUACUACUAUGGCUGGGCAAGCCGGCGGCCCAGCCCCAUGAACUAUCAAGUGGAAGACGUCCCUCUUGACAUGUGCACCUUCGUGGUGCUGGCGUUCGCCGGCAUCGACGAACAGACAUUCGAGUUGAAGAGCAUGAUUCCUGAGUACCAGGAAGACAGCCAACGAUACCUGAACUUCACCAACCUCAAGACCCAGCACUUGUACCUGAAGACUAUGCUGGCUGUCGGCGGGUGGCACCUAGGCGGCGAGGUUUUCUCUAACAUGGUCAGCACGCCGGAGAAUCGGGCAGCGUUCGUCUGGAGUGCGCUACGCUGGAUGCUGGACUACAAGUUCGACGGCCUCGAAAUCAUCUGGAAGUACCCAGGUUACGAGAAACGAGGCGGAAGGCCACAGGACAAGGAAAACUUCGCGCUUCUUCUAAAGGAGCUGAAAGAAGCCUUUGCAGCCCAUCCUCUCUACUUGACGGCCGCUGUUCCUUUGGAGGAGAACUACCUAGACGAUGGCUACGACAUCCCUAACAUGCAGCGAUACGUCGACUGGUUCAACGUCCUUGCCUACGACCUCCGCGGGACCUGGAACCGGUUCACGGACAUGCACAGCAUACUUUACAAGAGGGCCGGAGACUCUCCCUACUUUCAAGACCUCACCAUCGCCGAAGGUAUGAAGCGGCUGGUCCGCAAGGGCGCACCGAAGCAGAAGCUAAUGCUAGGCAUCGCCUACUACGGCCGCUCAUACGUGCUUCGCGACCCCAAGAAGAACGGACCCAAGGCACGCAUCAUAGCCACUGCACGAGCACAAGCAGGGCCUUAUGUUGGAUCUGACGAACUCAAGGGUUACUACGAGAUUUGUCAAGAUGUCAAAUCGAAUGGUUGGACACGGAUGUUCGACAAUGAGGCCAAGUGUCCUUACGCCUACAAGGGAGACCAGUGGGUUGGCUACGAAGACGAAGAAAGUGUUGCGAACAAGAUGGACUUCAUCUUGCGCGAAAAAUACCGCGGAGUCAUGGUGUUCAACAACGACUUGGACGAUUUCCGUGGAGUGUGCGGCCCGAAGAACCCACUCAUGACCGUAAUUUUCAACAAGGUGGGCGAGAAGGCGCGCCGAGAGCUCAGGGCCAACCAGAUACAAUCCACAUCGAACAGCCGGUUGUGCAACCUCGGACGGGGUAAUCUCCACCGGCGCCGCUGCUGUCGCACGUGUCAGCUGGCUUCGUUCAGACAGCACGAUGUCACGGCCGCUGCCUGGCAGAGAAAAGCAGCCUUAGAACGAAGGAGCCACACGUUGGAAUGCACAGCUAUAGUUUAUACAGGACGUCGUCAAGUUGCCGCUCUCUUAUCAACGCAGCGUGUUGUUUUUCGUUGUUCUGGUGAGCGUGAACGCGGACGGGUGCAACACCGAAUAGUUGCGCGGUUCGUCGUUAGGAAAGGCUAUCGCGCAGGGAAAACACUCUAUCAGUCUUGGAAUAUGCUCAAAGUGUUGCCCGGAUUCCCGGACUCUACCUUCUGCCAUCAUGAGAGCGUAGAAAACAUUCGGCGACUUUGCGCUUCGGUGCUGAUUCUCCUGCUCGCCGUCCUUCAGCAACCGGCGUCAGCGGUGACCAAUGGUCGCGAUGCCACUGAGGGAGUCGACAUCCCUCGUAACAAAUUCGAAGUUCCUGUGGUGUGCUACUACUACGGCUGGGCCAGCCGGCGCCCAAGCCCCGCGGACUACCACUUAGAAGAUGUGCCGCUUGACAUGUGCACAUAUGUCGUUCUCGCCUUCGCCGGCAUCGAUGAGGAGACCUUCGAGAUCAAAAGUAUGAUUCCGGAAUACGAGGACGAUGAACGGAAGUACCUCAGCUUCACUGACCUCAAGAACCGUCACUUGUACCUGAAGACGAUGCUGGCCGUCGGUGGCUGGGACCUGGGAGGCGAGGUGUUCUCCAACAUGGUCAGCACGCCUGCAAGACGGGCGGCCUUUGUCGAGAGCGCCGUCAGCUGGAUGCGGGACCACGAGUUCGACGGCCUCGAGAUAUUGUGGAAAUAUCCGGGAUACGAAAGGCGUGGCGGAAAGCCAUCGGACAAGCGCAACUUCGUCCUACUGCUCAAGGAGCUGAAAGAAGCCUUCGCUCCGUACCCUCUCUACUUGACAGCUGCUGUUCCGUUGGAAGAAAACUACCUCGACGGGGGCUACGACAUUGCCAACAUGGAGAAAUAUGUUGACUGGUUCAACGUCCUUGCGUACGACCUCCGUGGUACCUGGAACCGGUUCACCGACAUGCAUAGUAUCCUAUACAAGAGAGCAAAUGACCCGCCAUACUUUCAAGACCUUACCAUAGCUCAAAGAAUGAAACGGCUCGUGCGCAUGGGCGCUCCGAAGCGGAAGCUGAUGCUGGGCAUCGCUUUCUACGGUCGCUCGUACGUGCUUUGGGACGCCAGGGAACACGGAGUCAAGGCGCGCAUCAGGUUCGACGAGCAAGCGGAAGCGGGACCCUACGUUAACUCCAUGGAGCUCAAGGCUUAUUACGAGAUCUGCAUGGACGUCAAGAUGGGAAACUGGACGCGCAAAUUUGAUGACGAGGCAAAGUGUCCUUACGCAUACAAGGGAGAUCAAUGGAUUGGCUAUGAAGAUGAAGAAAGCGUCGGUCACAAGAUGGACUUCAUUCUACGAGAGGGUUAUCGUGGUGUUAUGGUGUUUAACAACGACCUGGAUGAUUUCCGAGGGCUUUGUGGUCCCAAGAAUCCACUUAUGAGCGUCAUAUUCAACAAGGUCGGGCAAAAGGCACUUCGAGAGCUCAGGAACCAAACUGAAACACGGCCGUCAGAAGCGACUACGAGGUCGAACGUCAUACCCUAUAUCGUACACGCCACGGCACGGCGCCUGCGUACUGUCUCUCUGUUCGCCGAUUCCUGUCGAGGCGCACGCACCUAUCUCGACAGCGCGCGCCUCCCUUUGAGCGCUCCCGCCUGGAGGAAAUCCUUGUCGCCUGUUGCGGGGUAUUCCUGCUCCGCCCAUUUAACCGCUUCUUUCACACCGCUCGUGCAACGUUGUGGACGACGUGUUUCGCAACCCCCUAUGUUUACGAAGGUCGCUGGACGCUCGGAGGCUCGGACGUGUCAGAAGCGGCUCGCUCGGACCUCCACGAUGUUUAACGUUUUCCUCUGUGGUUUUCUACUGGUCCACAUAGUUCCGACUGUUCGCACAGAUGACGACUUCAUCAGAAAUGGAGGCAGCCCCGUAGUGUGCUACUACCAUGGCUGGGCAGCAGACCGUUUCAGCCCCAUGAACUAUCGCAUCCGGGACAUUCCGGGAGAUCUGUGCACACACGUAAACCUCAACUACGCCGGCAUCGACAAGGACACGCUAGGAGUCAAGGACCUCAUACCGGCAUACCAGAACAAUUCACAUUACAAAGACUUCACGGCCAUCAAGAAGAAGUUCCUCUUCGUGAAAACACUGAUCUCCCUUGGAGGCUGGGACCACGGAGGCGAAUCGUUCUCCUACGUGGCAGCAGACCGCAGCAGGCGGUGCAACUUUACGAGAAACCUGAUGAAGUUUCUCAAAGAAAACGACUUCGACGGAGUGGACAUCGACUGGAGGUUCCCGGCGAGCCCAGACAAGAACGGAAAGCCGGAGGACAAACAGAACUACGUCUUGUUCCUGAAGAGUCUCUGCAAGCUGCGAAGAAAGGGUUUAAUCGUGACCGCUACAGUUCCAAUCACUCCUUUUUAUCUCGAUAAUGGAUACGACGUCAGACAACUUUCAAAGUACGUAGACUGGCUCAAUGUGAUCGGUUUCGAUUUGAGGGGACGCUGGACUGGAAUCGCUGAUGUUCACAGCCCCCUGUACGCCCGAUCCUUCGAGACAGGUGACACUCGGAACCUGAACGUGGCGCAAGGGCUGAAGCGUCUUGUGGAGCUCGGAGCACCCAAGAAAAAGCUCGUCCUGGGCAUCCCGUUCUUUGGUCGCAGCUAUGUGCUCGCGGACAAAGAGAAGCACAAGGUCGGGGAUCCCAUUAAGGAUAUACCGGCGGCGCCAGGACCUUUCAUCGGUAGCACCGAGAUCCUGGCCUACUACGAGAUAUGCACCAACAUUGAAGACGGCAUUGCGACACGAGAAUUCGACAACGAGGGAAAGUGUCCGUACAUAUACUAUGAAGACCAGUGGGUGGGUUAUGAAGACGAAGAAAGUGUUGGAAUCAAGGUCGAUUUUAUCAUCAAAGAGGGCUACGCUGGAGUUAUGGUGUUCAACAACGACAUGGACGACUUCAAUGGCGUAUGCGGCACCACGCACCCGCUGCUCAAAGUGGUCUACCAAAAACUGUCGGAGGCACCGGAAAGGCGACGACGGCGGCGGCGGAAACCACACGCCCUUCCGACAUACAGAGCAGUCAGAGGCACUGUGAAAGCGGCAAAAAAAGAAAAAGCAUCCACAGCGAUGGAGCCGCAGACCAAUAUAAGCCAUUUCAAAAAUUGGAUUACGCUGCUUUGUUUCCUGCUGCUGGGGUUCUUCCGUCCUUCAGGGGCAGUCUUCAUUGAAAACUUUAGCCACGGGCGAAUUCUCCCCGUGGUGUGCUACUACGAGAAAGGCCAGGCUUUCCGUCCUUUUCCCAUGAACUAUGGCAUGGAAGACGUGCCCGGGAACCUCUGCAGCCACGUGAACCUGGCCUACAUCGAGCUGAAUGAGACGACUGGAACCAUCAAGCUCGACCCCACGAUCAACUUUACAGAGUUUGCUCAACUGAAGAACAAGUUCCCGCGAUUGAAGACACUCCUUUCAAUUGGAGGGUGGAGCAACCAAACCAAAAUCAUAUCGGACAUGGCUACUACGAUGACACGGCGAAGAGUAUUCAUCAACGACGCCGUUCAAAAGCUCGUGGGCAAUGGCUUAGAUGGUCUGGACGUUUUCUGGCUUUUUCCUGGAAUGGUUGACCGAGGCGGAAACAGGAGAGACAAGAUCAACUUCGUCAGACUCUUGAAGGAACUGUACGCUUCCUUCAAAGGGCGCAAUCUUCUGCUUACGGCUGGCGUUCCCAUUAACCAGAACGUACUGGAUGCCGGAUACGACAUACCGGCAAUCGACAGAUAUCUUGACUGGAUGAAUGUCAUAGGUUACGACCUUAGAGGAUACUGGAACGUCAGAACUGACAUCCACAGUCCUCUCCACCCCAGAACAAUCGAUGGACCCGACGUCUCGGAACUUAACGUGGAAGAGGGUCUUCAGGCACUGCUGGACCGCGGAGCCUCGAAACGGAAGCUGGUGCUUGGCGUGGCCUUCUAUGGGCGCGUGUACAGGCUCGCGGACCCAGCGAACGCCAGCCUUCACGCGCCCAUCGACCUCCUCAACAGGCCGCAAAAGGGUGCCUUCCUCAUGAGCGACAACAUAUACGCCUACUUCGAGAUCUGCAAGAAUAUAAAGUUCGGCACAUGGCGCCGCAGCUUCGACGCGGAAGGAAUGUGUCCGUACGCGACUGACGGCAAGGACUGGGUGGGGUACGAAGACGCCGAAAGCAUCUCCAAGAAGGUUGAAUUUGUCAGAAAGGAAGGCUACGCCGGCAUAAUGGUCCUAAGCUGCGACAUGGACGAUUUUCGUGGAGUAUGCGGGACGCAUAAUAUACUGCUACAAACAAUCAAUGACGCCAUGCCUAGGCUAAGGUACAUCCGUUGGCGAGGGCGAGUGAAAGCAAAUGACGUGAACGCGCAUGUCGCGGGUCUUCCCCUAUCUCGGCGUGGCGUUACAAAACUGGUCGCGCUUUUCUUGCUUAUAAACAGUCCGCACGACUCCCACCGCAGCGAUUCACGCUGCUGCCUUCGCACUGCUUUCAGCUCUAACUCGGGCCAACGAAUCACCAUGAAGCUACUUGCGCUCCCGCUCGCCUUACUACUGACCUGCGCUUUUGGCAUGCCCCAGCAGAACGGUAGUGGCACAGGCAUGUCAACAGCAAGCACGGCGGCGGUCUCGUCGUCCACCCCAGCGUCAGCCAACGCCACCACAUCGACGACGACUCGCUCGGGCGCGCGGUCGGGAGGUCCGGCGCCGAUAGUGUGCUACUACUACGGCUGGGCCAACACGCGGCCCCACCCUGCCAACUACGGCGUCAACAACAUCCCGGGUGACCUGUGCACGCACGUCAACUUUGCCUACGCGGGCGUCAAUCCGGAGACCUGGGAGCUCAGGAGCGAGGUGCCUGAAUACGAGAGCAACAGGGAACUCUUCAACAACUUCACGGCCAUAAAGACCAAGUACCCGCAGCUGAAGACGCUCCUGUCGGUUGGAGGCUGGCAGCAAGAGAACGGCGUCUUCUCCGCGCUCGUCAGAAACGCUGACAGGAGGGCGCUCUUCAUCGAGAGCGUCCUGCUCUGGAUGAAGGAGUACAACCUGGACGGCGUGGACAUGGCCUGGCGCUUCCCUGGCGUCUCCUACCGCGGAGGAUCGCCACGCGACAAGGAAAACUACGCCAGCCUCAUCAGGGAGCUGGCUGGCGCUUUUGAAGGGAAAGGCCUGUUGCUCACGGUCGUCAUGCCAGUUACCGAUGAGUUCCUUAAUCCCGGAUACGACAUUCCAGAAAUUUCCAAGUACGUCGACUGGAUCAAUGCACAGGCCUACGAUCUCAGGGGACCUUGGAACGGCGUCACAGACGUCCACACUCCACUCUACUCCAGGUCUAUUGACGUCGGCCCGCAAGUAACGUUGAAUGUGAAAGACGGCCUUGCCCGCAUCGUGAGCGGCGGAGCGCCAAAGUCCAAGGUGGUGAUGGGCAUCGCCUUCUUCGGCCGGGGAUUCACGCUGCUCGAUCCGCAGCAGCACGGCCUCCACGCCCUCAUCAACCGCGACGUGCCGCCGCACGCCGGGCCCUUUGUUAGGAGCAACGAGAUCUUCGCCUACUACGAGAUCUGCCUUAACUUGAAAGGAAACUGGAAACGAGAGUUCGACGACGAAGGCAAGUGCCCGUACGUCUACUACAGGGACCAGUGGAUCGGCUACGAGGAUGCUGUCAGCAUUCAGCACAAGAUUGACUUCCUUCAACAAGAGGGUUACCGCGGUGUCUACGUGUUCAACAAUGACCUGGACGACUUCCGGGGCUUCUGCGGCGAACCCAACAUCCUCCUCAAGACCAUCAAGAACGGUUUGAGCGAAAAGAACGAGAUCCCUGUGUCGGCCUGAAAGUCGGCGUCCGCAGUCGCAGUCAGGAGGAUCGUGGCAACCUAGUCACUUUGUCAAGCACAACAACUUCAGAAAUUAUAUUCACUGUGAUGCGAACAGAACGCAUGCUUUUUCCCCUGCGUAUAUCGAUUGACAUUUCAUGAAAACACCAAAGCGAGCCAUGCCAGCGCCUUCACCGCGAAAAAUGCAGCCCCUCUGCGCUGGCGCACUUCUCAUUACACUAGCUAAACAUCACAGUGGCAUUGCUAAGCACAAGCAAGAAUCGCAAUUGUUUUACGUUCAAAACAAAAAAGCGUGAGCAGCUGUGGCUCAUAGCUCACUCGUUUAGAACAUGAACAACUACUUCACAUUGUUUGAUUAUCAGAAAUGUAUAAUUGCCACAGAUGCCGCAAUCUUUGGAAUGCAUAUUGCAAUGCACACGUGGUGAUUUAGCUGUGCCAUGGAAAUCAUCCACGCAAUAACAAUAAAGGCGGGUCACAAAGAGUU